AAAUAAGUUCCUAAACAAUUUUGUAAGAAUAUCUGAAAUAAUAACAGUUAACUGCAGUUAUAAAAAUGUUGUACGACGAUUUUCAACCCGUUGUGGAUUUAGUGCUAAAUAACUGGACAGCACUCCAGCUUGCGGUAGAACACGGUAUGGGUGCGCCUGGGGGAGAAAAGACAGCUCAACUGAUGUCAGUGUACAUAGCAAGAUACUGCGUGGAAAAUAUUGUCGACCGAGACGAGCUGACCGAGGUGCUCGAAGAUCUCAUGGAUGAAGAAUUCGAUACUGUUUGCCAUGACAAUUCUCCUAAAGAAAUAGCAUCGGUGUUACUACUGUACCUUAGCUUGCUCAAAGAAGGUAGACAUGACGAACUUAGAGCCCGAAUAGAAGCAAUGCCCAAAUGCCAGAAGUGGCUUAGUCAGCCCAUACAUGAAUCUGUUCCACCACAGUACCAUGGCAAUCCCGAUGAUGAUACAACGAGCAGCAGCAGCGAAGAAGAUGACGAUUCAGAGCCGAUGAACGAUGAUCUUCCAAUGUAUGCUGCUCCCUCGAGCAACGUUGACCAUCCAAGUGUUGACACCAGCCAACCGUCAUCAUCACAAACUGAGCCAAUGGACGAGGAUGAACUAGAACCCGGAUGGACAGUUGUACGAACGCGGAGGAGGAAAUAAAAUAUAUUAAAACUAUUUAUAAUGUAAUUUUAAUAUUUAUAUUUGUUGUUAGUUGUGCCACUGUACUUGUUAAGCAGUGUAUUCAGUAUUCUGCAUAGCCGUCAACACAAAGAGACUACACUAUGUAAUGAUAGGGUUGUGGUCAAUUUUAUGAGGAAUGGACGAGGCCAAUAAGAAAGAUGGAACCUCAGUUAUUGUUGGAAAAGGGCAAUUAGUAUGUACAUAUAUACGAAAGAAACUAAUCACUAAGGCGGUGCCAGUGCAUUAUUAAAGGUUAGAAUUACAUAAGAAGUCACAAAGGAGAGAUCUGAUUAAUAUAAAAUCGAAAGAUAACCUAUUUGUGAUCCAAACCUUCCAAUUUCACCGUUAUCUUUGCUUAGUGUUUCUGCAGUGACAGAUAUCAAAACUAUUGGAAUGCUAUGAAAAUCAAAACGUUUUUAUUUAAUUAAAUGUACUUACAGCUCUGGCCAAAAGCUACAAAGCUGGUCCCUGUUUUUAACUUUUUUGCCAAAGCUAUCUAGAUCUUCACGCCACCUAUGAGGCCUAACUCGAUGCUGGAGAAUAUCACUCGAUAUGGAU